AUGACGGAGGACUUCCUCCUCCGUUGGUCACAUCCUCCUGCAUUUAAAAAGCUGCGAGGGAGGAGAUUCUGCAGCGCAGAAAACUGUGCUUUUGCAAGGAACCUGCAGCUUCUGAGCUCUUCAGAAAGGAUGGAAGAGGCUGAUCCUGCAAACCUAGCAAGGAUGGAAGGAGGAAGAUGGACGGUGGACCUAGUCAGGCUGCCUCCCACAACUUCUGACCGUUCUCUCCCAGGACCCUCAGAGAGAUCUGGUGAUGAACAGGAUAGUCCUCGUUCUUGGGGCUCAUCAGAAAGAACCAAGCAUGAAGUCAAAGGAAGGACCUUCCAAGAUCAAGAGGAAACAAGAUCACAGGUGAAAAGCCUGGAAGAAAAUGGGAGGAAUAAAGGCUUUUUGAUGCAGACUGAUAAUGGCCAUCAAAUCCCCAUCCAGAAAAAGCAUCACAAGGGGAAGAGCACAAAUGAAAGCCCUUCAUGUGGCAAACCAUUCAAAUCUAGCUUCAACUCACCCUGCAGAAUCCACACAGAGGAGAAACCGUGUAAAUGCUUGGUGUGUGGAGAGAACUUCAGUGACAGCUCAGGUCUAAAAUCACAUAAAAGAAUUCAUGCAAGACAGGAAUCCUACGAAUGCCUAGAAUGUGGAAAGAGUUUCAGCCACUACUCAAAUCUUAGUCAGCAUCAGGAAGUCCACAGCGAGAAGAAAUCACUUAGCUGCUCUGAGUGUGGAAAAAGCUUCAUUUCCAGAUCAGGCCUUAAAUCACAUCAAAAAAGUCACGGAGGGGAGAAACCAUAUACCUGUCUUGAGUGUGGGAAAAGCUUCAUUUACAGAUCAGGCCUUGUAGAUCAUGAAAAAAGUCACACAGGAGAGAAACCAUAUACUUGUUUUGAGUGUGGAAAAAGCUUCAUUUCCAGAUCAGGCCUUGUAUAUCAUCAAAAAAGUCACACAGGGGAGAAACCGUAUACCUGUUUUGACUGUGGAAAAAGCUUCACUUACAGAUCAGGCCUUGUAUAUCAUCAAAAAAGUCACACAGGGGAGAAACCGUAUACCUGUUUUGACUGUGGAAAGAGCUUCCAUCAAAACCAAGGUCUUCUUGUUCAUCAAAAAAUCCACACAGGGGAGAAGCCGUAUAAAUGUUUGGAGUGCGGAAUGAGCUUCGCUCACAGCUCGAGCCUUACAUCUCAUCAAAGAAUUCACACAGGAGAGAAAUCAUAUAAAUGUUCGGAGUGUGGAAGGAGAUUUGCUCACCGUGCUAACCUUACUUCACAUAAGAGAACCCACACAGGGGAGAAACCAUAUAAAUGCUUGGAAUGUGGAAAGAGCUUCAGCCAGAGUCCACACCUUACUUCACAUAAGAGAACUCACACUGGUGAGAAGCCGUAUAAGUGCUUUGAGUGUGGGAAGAGCUUCAGUCAGAGUUCACACCUUACUGUGCAUGAGCGAAUCCAUACAGGGGAAAAACCAUAUAAAUGUGUGACGUGUGGAAAGAGCUUUAGUAACCGCACAUACCUUGUUAGCCAUCGCAGAAUCCAUACAGGAGAGAAGCCAUAUAAGUGCUUUGAGUGUGGAAAGAGCUUCAAACAGGAUACAGGCCUUACAGCACAUCAAAAAACUCACGCAGGGGUGCAACCAUAUAAAUGUUUUGAGUGUGGAAAGAGCUUUGUUCACAGCACAGGCCUUACAUCGCAUCUAAAAAUUCACACAGGGGAGAAACCAUAUACCUGUUCUGAGUGUGGAAAAAGCUUUGCUCAUGGAUAUCACCUUACUUCACAUAAGAAAAUCCACACACAGAAGCCGUAAAUGCUUGAAAUGUGGAAAGAGCUUCUUACUGUGCAUGAACUUAUUCAGAAAGGAAACAACCAGUUAAUUGUUUGACAUGUGGAAAGAGUUUGACAUGUGGAAAUAAUAAUUUUUUUAUUAUUAUUAUCAUCAUCAUUAUCAUUAUUAGGGUAUUUUCCUGGAAUUAGGAGGUGUGUCUGUUCUGACUACUGUACUGUAUUUGUUUACCCUUAAUCCUAUGCACCAAGGGUAAUAAAGAAAAAAUACCGACACCUUAAUCUAAUGAGUUAAAGGAUCCCUUUUGAUGCCAAAAAGCCCGAAGAUCGAGUGGCAACAGACCCACACUACAAGUAAGGGAGGAGAAGGGAAUACCAAUCUUAAAUGAAACGAGAUCCCGAGAGCUGUGCCUUUUGCUUGAGAUCUCCCCAUCAAUAACCUGAGGCACCAAGGCUACAGCACCUCUCCCACCCAUUCCUUGGUCCAUCGUCCAGGGAAGCAUAAAGCUGGUGAGAUCCAUAGAGGGGGUCAUUUGAGGACAUGGCGAGCUGGCAACCACUGAAAGCCAUUAUAUACUGUUUGGGGCCAGUGUAUUCCAAUGGAGAGUGGAGGGGUAUUUGGGCUGAGUGAUUAAUAAUAAUAAUAAUUUAUUUAUACCCCACCCAUUUGGCUAGAUUUCCCCAGCCACUCUGGGUGGCUCCCAACAGGAUAUUAAUUAUUGAUAUAUUAUUAAUAAUUAUUAAUAUUUUAUUAAUAUUUAUAAAUGUAAGCCGAUAUUAUUACUUCCCUAAUACCUUUAUGCCUCUGUAACAUUUUUUUCCUUUAAGUACCUUUUGUUGCUCAUUUUUGUUUACCUUUUGUAAAAUAGUUGGUAGUUAAAAGAAUGUAACCCUAGUAAAAAUCGUUAUGCUAUUCGGUUCCUGAGUGUAUAUGCGGUAGCUUCUAUGCAAUAAAGUUU